AACAUAUAGACUAAGCAAAAGAAAAGGGUGAUGGUGGUGGUUACUGAAUUGACCCAACGGGUGAAAAGAAAGGUAACUUUCAAAAGUAGCUUUCUUUUUCUUGUCUAUGUUUCUCUCACUCUCUCAUGUCCUUCUUAUAUUCACACCACUCUUUCCUUCCAAAUCCUCACUUAAAUCUUCUAUCUUUGUGCUGUGACAGAGCAAAGCAAAAGAACAAAAAAAAACUUGGCUAAGCUUCUUUGUCGCCGCCAUUGACAAACAAUGUCUGAAUUUGCCUUGUCAUCAUCUCCAGAAGAGAAUCAAAACAUGAAGAAGAUUGUUUUUUCUUCACUACUUCUCUCUGACUUUCAACUCUUUUGUUCGUUUAUAAUCUCUCACCCUUUCUAUUUUUCUUACGUACUCUUCUUCUCACCUUACAUGUUCAAGAUUCUAUCUUUUCUCUCACCACUCUUCGUCACCACCACACUCUUGCUUCUCGCUUUACUCAGUACUCUGCAUCUUCACGACACUUUUCCCGACUCUGAAUCACUCGAAACCCAACCAGGCUUCCUCGUUUCCUUUUGUAGUAAGCUCGGUAGUGUCUUGGAACCCAAGUUUGAUGUCAACAAUGAGGAUGUUAACGAACUGGAAGCCUAUAAGAUGGUCGUUGAGGCUUGCUCGAUGGAAUGUGCGUCCGAGGAUGAGAGUAUGGAGGUAACAUUUGUUGACAAAUUCUGUAGCCAUGAGGUCAGCAUCACCGUGUUGAAAUCUCUGACCGAUGAGAAACAAGUUGAGAUCCAACCGCUGAAGUUGGAGGAUCAUAUGGACUUGGAGAAAGAAGAGAAGUGUGAAGAGGAACUCGUAGAAGAACAGAAAGUCAAGCGAGAAAGUGACGUUGUCCUAGAUAAUGGAGAAGGGCAGUUUUGGAAAGAGCCGACAAAAGAAGAAUCCAAGGCGCAAAAAGUAGAUCUUGUCGGAGAUUGUAAUGAUCUCCCAAGACUGAGCGACUUUCUCGGAGAAGAGAAGAAAAAAGAAGAAGAAGAUGUUUCUCUUAAGAGCUUUGGGUCAAUGAGGAAAGAGAAAGAGUGGAGGAGAACAUUGGCAUGCAAGCUGUUCGAGGAACGACACAACGCUGACGUAGGACAAGGGAUGGAUCAGCUUUGGGAGACUUACGAGACCGAAACAGAGAAGAAGCAAACCGAAGAAGAUAAGAAGAAGGAGACGAAGAUGAAAACCAAGAAGUCGAUGACGAUGAUGAAGACGAAGAGCAUAGAGAAGAAGGAAGUAGCAGUGGAAGAGGAAGACGAUGAUGAUGUGAUUGAUCAGCAGCAACUGUGCUGCUUACAGGCACUGAAGUUCUCAACAGGGAAGAUGCAUUUGGGAAUUGCGAGGCCUAACCUUGUGAAGCUAUCUAAGGCUUUCAAAGGAUUUGGAAGGUUUUACAAUGCCAACAAGCAUCCCAAGAAAGGAUGAAGGACCAAGUUACAAACUUUGUAUUAAUGUUGACCUUUAUAUUAUAAGUAGUCCGAGAUAGUUGUGCUUUUGUAGUUUCCAUAGUUUUUGGCAAGCAUGUAAUUUGUAUGCAUAAGUUUCUUCAUCUCAUUUCUGAGUCUUAGCACAUUAUUAAUUUGUUACAAGGAUAAAAGACUCAUACGA